AUCUGCAGACUGGAGGGAGGGACUUUCUGGGUGUGGUACACACACAUACUGGGUUACAACUUGGGGUCUGCAAGUUAAUAGCUGACAGGUGGGGGGAGCAAUGCAAGACUUGGCCCUUCUAUCAGCAGAACACUGAAUCUGCAGCCAUGCAAUGACUAUAGUAUGCUGCUAACUACUAGAUGAUGCAUUUAUGAUUUAGCAAGAUGGCUCCUCUCCGGCACAGCAAUUGCCCCCAUAAUAAGAAGCAAUAUGACUAGCAUAGGGAAAUACCUUCGUCUUUCCUGCUCCAUUGUGAGCUCACUUGUGUGUGGAGAUUCAUUCCUUCCUAAUCCUAAAUACAGCUUCACUUGCUGCCAGUGAUUGAUUUGCACAUAGGCAGUAGGCAGUUCUGCAGCUUUCAGAAGUUUUAGUUUUGGAGAUUGAUAAGCAGUGACUCCCAGGUAGGCAGAGCCUUCAUCUGGCAUGUACUAACUAAGCUCAGGAAAUCCAUUUACCACUAACAACUUUCAGGAUGGACUCGUACCUGAUCCAAGUGAAUGGCCAAGGAGAUCAUGUCCCCCUGUUGGAUAUUCAUCUCAAGACCAAUGGAAACAGCAUGUCACUGGGAAAGGUGAAGGGCCGGAAGCCAAGAUGGGCUGUCAGGGCUUCUGAAAUGUCAAAGAAGACUUUCAAUCCUGUCAGAGCCAUCGUAGACAGCAUGAAGGUGGAGCCCAACCCAAAGAAAGCCAUGAUCUCCUUGUCUUUAGGAGACCCAACAGUCUUUGGAAACCUUCCCACAAAUGAUGAAGUCACACGAGCUAUGAAGGAGGCUUUGGACUCAGGACGUUACAAUGGUUAUGCUCCAUCUGUAGGCUACCAGUCCUGUCGAGAAGCUGUGGCUGCAUAUUACAACUGCCCAGAGGCACCAUUGGAGGCCCAGGAUGUCAUCUUAACAAGUGGCUGCAGUCAAGCCAUAGAACUUGCCUUGGCAGUGCUGGCUAAUCCAGGCCAGAACAUCCUGGUGCCACGGCCUGGCUUCUCUCUCUACAAGACUCUGGCACUGUCCAUGGGAAUUGAAGUUAAACUUUACAAUCUCAUGCCAGAGAAGUCCUGGGAAAUUGAUCUGAAGCAUUUGGAGUCCCUGGUGGAUGAGAAAACAGCUUGUAUAAUUGUGAACAACCCAUCAAACCCCUGUGGCUCUGUGUUCAGCAAGAGCCACCUUCAGAAGAUCCUGGCAGUGGCAUCAAGACAGUGUGUGCCCAUCCUUGCUGAUGAGAUCUAUGGAGACAUGGUGUUUGCUGACUGCAAAUAUGAACCCAUUGCAACUCUCAGCACCAAUGUACCAAUCUUGUCCUGUGGUGGCUUGGCAAAGCGAUGGCUAGUCCCAGGCUGGCGAAUGGGCUGGAUCCUAAUCCACGACAGGAGAGACAUCUUUGGUAACGAGAUCAGGGAUGGCCUUAUCAGGUUGAGCCAAAGGAUCCUAGGACCCUGUACAAUUGUCCAAGGAGCACUGGAACGUAUCUUGCACAGAACGCCUCCUGACUUCUACCACAACACCCUCAGCAUCCUCAAGUCCAAUGCUGACCUUUGUUAUGCUGCUCUAUCAGCUAUCCCAGGCCUCCAGCCUGUUCGGCCUGCUGGAGCCAUGUACCUCAUGGUUGAAAUUGAAAUGGAGCAUUUUCCUGAAUUUGAAAAUGACGUGGAGUUCACUGAGCGGCUCAUCUCGGAGCAGUCUGUGUUUUGCCUGCCAGCUACAUGCUUUGAGUAUCCAAACUUCUUCCGUGUGGUGAUCACUGUACCUGAAGAGAUGAUCUUGGAGGCCUGCAGUCGCAUCCAGGAGUUCUGUGAGAUGCACUUCCAGGGUGCUGAGGGGGCCCAGGAUCUUGAGUGUGACAAGUAGCUACAGCCAACCUCCUGCCUCUGCCAGCCUAGACCUUGUGUGAGAUGGCAGGCAGGGCUGCUUCCAGCCAGCACCAUAUCCCCCUGCCUGUAGGCAGUGCUGUCCUGCUGCUUCACAGACCUCUCAGCACCAUAGAAAGAAGCAGACCUCUCCUUUUCCACUGCACCUCCCACACCCUCUGGCAUCUGGUGCCUGUGGUCUCCAUAUACUCUGCAUCUGCACCCCAUACUGGUCUCUGUGCUGGCCACAAACCAGCCACAGGCAGGGACACCUGGCUGCUCCUGCACCAGGAUCUGUGGCAUUGACCCUGAGUGGCCAGUAGUUCCUGCACUGCCUGCACUCCCCCUCUGGGGCAGGAGAUGGCCACAAUCUCAGAGGACAAGAGACACUCACCCACCUCUUACCUGUCUUACUUUAGGAGGCCAGAGCGCUUUAUACCAAGCCCUUUGUCCAGCAAAGGGAGUAAGUUAUUGUGACUUUUUUUUAUUAAUAAAUCUUCUGACAUGGUAGUCCCCAUAGUGUGUCAGUAAGGGCUUGUGCCCAGCGGGUCACUCUUGUUCAGCAUGUGGUGCUUCAUGUUCACCUCUGUCCCUGCAGCUGCCUGGCUGGGGCCUGCCCUGCCACCAGCCAAAGCACAGGGACAGCCCAUUCAACCCUGGCAGUACUCACCAGAUUGUCAGGGCAGGAUGGGCUCUGCAAACCUGGUACAGACAAGAGCCAACUGCCCCCACUCCAGUGAGCCUAGAAGCUUCCUGUGGUGGCUGGGCCUCUCCACAGCUCACCCCAUCUUCUGCUGCUUGUUGAUCCUUACAGCCACUCCCAGGCUCCCAGCAGAGUGAUGUAUGCUAGUGCCCAGGUGGGCAGUGCCAGGCACCAACCUCCAGAUAUUCAAGGUGGGUGUUUCCCACUCCAACAGUAAAUGCCAAGGUGGUACGUCUCUGAAGUGCUUUCACAGUGUGUUUGUGAUGUGCCGCCAUGCCCAGGUUGCUGAUGGCUGGAUGCAUAAGCCCCACAAAGUACAAAGAACUGAUGGCCUGGCACUUAAUGGAAAAAUGGGCCCAUCAAACUGACUGCUGUAGUCAGGGGCUUGAGGAACAUUUUCUCUUCACAGAGGAGUAACGUACA